UUACAUUACACUACAUAGUGUGUUGUUUACACAACAGUUAGCGCUGCAGAGCAGUAAUGUUAAAGGGAGUGAAUUGUGUGAUGAUGAAAUAGAGAAACAAAAAGAUUACAACAUGAAUUCUUCCUUUUCUUUGAAUUUUGCACGGUUUUACGCAGUGUUUAAAAGGAAGAUACCAAAAGGAUGGAAAGAAGAUAGUGUAAAGUACGACAGAGUUACGUAUUAUCCAAGACAUCCUGAUCAUGUAGAUCCACCAUUUGAACCAAGCAAGCUUUUAAUGGUAACACGUGUAAAACCUUGGUGGGGAAAUCCAUGGUGGGAGAAGAAAACACUUAUAACUUUAGGUUUUGAGGAAGAGAAGAAAGGUCUGGAUGUAGUGAUUGUUAAAAAUACACCAAAUAUCUGCUCCAAGCUUUGGUCAGUGAAGCAUUUGGUAAAGAUUGUACCUAUAAAACUACCUAAGAAUCUGCCAACCGAGGAUGAUCUAAAUGGCACGUAUUUACAUGAGAAUGGUACCUUUUCUGUUAUACCAAAAGUAGAUGCUGCUCGUUUAGAAGCAACAAAAAAGUUUAUAAAUGAUGAGAAGAGACUAAAUCGCGAUCUCAUACAAGAGAAACUUAGGCUUCAGUGGCUACGUGGAGAAGUUAUACUGUAAAAUAAAAUAAAAAAAUAAUAU